ACACAGGCUGCAACGUUCGGAUCCGCCCCUAACCUCCGACAACAACCCCCACCGGAUAUUAAUAGAGGUGGACCUUGCUCCCUCUUUAUCCCCUCUUGUCUCCCAACUUUUCCGACACUUCCUGAGACCACAAUGUCGGACACUUUAGACCCCGCGCACGAUGCGCCUCCAAGCGCCGGUCGCGCAUCCCCCGGGGGUGAGCGGACUCAGGCCCCCGAACCCAUCUCAGACGAGCUGCAGGCUCGCCUUGACAAGGUCAUCUAUUCUGAUAUCGGUAUCACCACUCUCUUGACCCGACUCAAGCAAAGCGUGGCCUCCGCCAGGGAUUUCUCGACAUUUUUGAAAAAGCGAGGAUCUCUCGAGGAAGAACAUGCUCAGGGGCUACGAAAGCUGUCUCGGGUGAUCAGCGAUGCAUCGCAACGGACCGAGAACCGACAAGGGACAUACAGCUCCAGCUAUAAGGAUAUCCACCGCAUCCAGGAACGCAUGGUCGACCAUGGCCUCCAAUUCGCCGUAUCUCUCCAACAGAUGGCCGACGACCUGCACGAGCUAGCCGGCAAUAUCGAGCGCGGCCGCAAACAAUGGAAGCAGACCGGCCUCGCCGCGGAGAAGAAAGCGGUCGAUGCCGAAUCCUCGGCGGAGAAGGCGAAGGCAAAAUACGAGUCGCUGGCUGAGCAGUAUGACCGUGUUCGCACAGGUGACAAGCAGGGUGGAAAGUUCGGCCUCAAGGGCCACAAGUCUGCUGCACAGCACGAGGAGGAGCUGUUGCGCAAGGUGCAAAAUGCUGACGGGGACUAUUCGUCGAAGGUGCAGGCUGCUCAGGCCGCGCGCCAGGAGCUGAUCUCAACCAACAGGCCCCAGGCCGUGCUGAACCUUCAGCAACUGAUCUCCGAGUGCGACUCGGGAUUGACUCUUCAGCAGCAGAAGUUCGCUACUUUCAGCGAGAAGCUUCUUUUGGGCCAAGGUCUCUGCGUCACCCCCAUGAAGACGGAGGACGGCUCGUUUGGACCCAAGAGCCUAGCCCAGGUCGUACGACAAGUCGAUAACCAAAAGGAUCUUCACGAGUUCAUUCUCAGCCACGAAGGAAACCCCGGAGCCGUGGCUUCAGAACAGAUCCAAUACACACGCCACCCGACCCUUGGAGGCACUGGACCUGCCGCACCGGCUGCAGCGACCCCCGCGCAGCCGGCUUCCCAGAACAAGCGUAAUUCCAUAUUACCCCAGGCUUUCUCGUCGCAGCAUAAUCUCGCUUCACCCGCGCCCCAACAACCCCAGCCUGCAGAUCGCUUGCCACAAUCACCCUACCCAGUUGAGAAGGCUUCUUUCACUCCUCCUCCUGCAGGCACAACCCCACCCUAUCCAGUCUCAAACCCACCUGCCCCCGAAGCCCCACCAAAGAUCCAGGUACCAAUGGCUGGGCCCAAUGCAAGUGACAGGAAUUUCCAGGCCAACCUACCUCCUCUGAAGCCUGUAUUUGGUGUCUCGCUGAAUGACUUAUACGCCCGGGAUGGUACAGCCGUUCCGUUCAUCGUGUAUCAAUGCUUCCAGGCUGUUGAGCUGUUCGGUCUGAACAUGGAGGGUAUCUACAGACUGUCAGGCAGUGCUACUCAUAUUAGCCACAUGAAGGCCGUGUUCGACAAUGACUCAUCUCAGGUCGAUUUCACCAACCCAGAGAACUUCUACCACGACGUGAACAGUGUUGCGGGGCUCGCAAAGCAAUUCUUCCGCGAUCUACCUGACCCCCUGUUCACUUCCCAGUUCUAUCACCAGUUCAUCGAUGCUGCUCGAUUCGAUGAUGAUAUCCAGCGCCGAGACUCGCUGCACGCUCUCAUCAACAGUUUGCCUGAUGCGCACUAUGCCACUCUCCGUGCCAUUAUCUUGCACUUGAACAAGAUCCAAGAACAUUACACCGAGAACCGCAUGAACGCGGGUAAUCUGGCAAUCUGCUUCGGACCAACCCUCAUGGGCGCUAAUUCAGGUGGCAACAUCGCCGACGCCGGGUGGCAGGUCCGGGUCAUCGAGACGAUCUUGAAUAACACAUUCCAGAUCUUCGAUGAUGAUUAG